UUUACACAUGAGUUGCUGUUUGGAUUCUCCAGUUACAUCACUAAACAAUGGUGACCAAACUUCACCUUUUGCCUCUCCCAGAUUAAGCAUUUCUUUAGAUUUACCAGCCUAUGAAGGUUAUUUACCAACUUACUGGCCAGGACAGUCUAUUAAUGGCAAACUUCAGAUUCAGCUGAACUCACCUGUGAAAGUAUCUUACUUGCGCGUUGCAUUAUAUGGUAAUGUUCAAGUCUGCGGUAGUCAGCGUGAAGUGCCUCUAUACAAUGGAUUAUUUGAUUACCAUAAAAAUGUGCAAUUGAUCAACAAAGGAAUCCGAAUAAUGAAACGAUCAGGCCAUGACAAUACCAUUGGUUCAGAAAGUCAUCAUUUAGAAGUAGUCGCUGAAGAGCAUCAUGCAACAUUUAAUGAGGAUGAAUCAGACCAUUCACAUGAGCGACGACACCGUGUAGCUCCCAAAAAGAAACGAAUGAAGAGUGAGCAGGAUAAGCAAAUAGAAAGGCUGAUUAGACGUAUAGCUGAUGAUGACUUUGAUAAAGACUCAAGUCAUGGAACAUUUGUAGACGAUAGCCAUUUACAUGAUCACAACAAUGAGCGUACUUACAGCCUAGAUGGCAAGAAGUCCAACGUUCGCUUUUCCAUAGGAAUACCCAUGUCACAAAAACUAGGAGGAACAUUUGAUCACCCAAAUUAUCCAAUUACAUACCGUAUUAUCGUCAUCAUGAAAUGCACUACAGACGACAGCCAGCAACACUUGACAUGUUAUUCCACAGCCAAGGUUCGGCUGGAGCCGUAUCUAGACAUUCAUGCGCCCGAGUUUCGUUCACCUCUUCAGUCAGCUCAAGCCAAACUUUGCCUCUCAGGAAAUAAUAAUAUAUUCAAAAGCAUCUGUAGCUGUCUUUUAUCAAACUCAUUAUUGAUAAAGCCCACCUCUUCGGCUUCCAAUUCACAUCAAACUACCUUUUUCAGCAACUCCUCUCAGCUACUCGGUCGUCUGGAGAUACCUGUACAAGCCUUUGAACGCUCAGAUGCUAUUCCACUAAAACUAAAGUUGAUCAACAUGUGUCCUAAUUUUAAGAUAUAUGCUCUAAAGGUUAAAGCUCAGUUGACUCAACGUAUCCUUAUGACAUGUAGCUUUGGAGAGGCCGCUGAGUAUAAGACGAUUAUGGAAAAGCAGAUCUUAUUCAACAGCAAUGAGCACUCGGCUUUGGGAUCUAACGGCACCUUGGCUACUCUUGACACUCCAAAAUUGUCCUUUGAUUUAUCCAAACUGAUACUUAUUCCACCUGGUUGUGUGUGUUCUAUACCAUCCAAGUCAACACGGGAAAUCUUUUCUUUGGUACAUGAAAUAAACGUAAAGCUAGAGAUUGAUGGUGCGUUAUUAAAAAAGUUAAAGGAUGAUACCGUCUCUUAUGGAGACUUGGCUCAGUCAGAAAACGGAGGACCUGCUCGUCGAUGCCGGUCAAUUCGUAAAGUUUAUGAAAUGGAAAUAGAGCCUUUACCAAUUAUCAUCGGAAACUCGGGCUAUGAAAUCAAGCAGAUUAUAUAAAUAAAACAAGAAACAUUAUAUUGGAUUUAGUGAUUUGG